CCAUCCCAUACGAAGAGGGGGGUGGGUCACGUUGUAGCUGUCAAAAUGUUUAACAUGUCACCAAUAGUCACCGUUGGACUGUCACCCCAUGCCCGUACGAUAUUAAAAACUGCAGCGGAUCUCGCUGCCAUGCACAAAAUCAAGAUUACUAGAUCUUGAAAUGCGGUGAUAGUCUCCCAAAAUCCAGACCAGUUUUGUUUUAAUAAAAAUACGCUACACAUCACAAUCACUUCGGGAUUUAAAAAUUCCUGCACAAAUAUUCCAUUGAAUAGAGUUUCGGCUAUCGUACGGGCCUAAAAUUCCUUUUUUUUCCCAGCUUUGUUUGAUGACUUAAAAUCUUGGAUUCAUUUCCAAGACAGGUCUUUUUGUUAUUUUAUGCUUUGUUUCAAAACGAUGGGUGAUAAAGCGAGUGUUGAGGAACUGACUGAAAAAAUAGCGGAAUUGUCCGUUAUUUCAUUUAGGAAACUCGACGAGAUGAAACGUCUCGCCAAACACUUCCAGGACGUUCUUAAUCAUCAGCAGACACAACAGAAACCCUCUGUACACAAAUACUUGAAGAACCUCACGGAAACACACAAGAAAGUGUUCUUUCAAAAACGCGAGGGUGUCGAAGUGGAGUAUAUCUUCACGACGGAAAAGAAGAGUAGCCUUCAGAGACAAAGAUUCAAUAGUCUACCCGUAAGCGAGGUCCCUGAAUUGCUAAAAGCUGAGUUGCUAACAGCCGAGCAUGCUAAGCAAGUACACAUCUGUACGGAUUGCAAAGUGGAGAUUGAGUUAAAUGAUGAGGAACCGUUAAUGGAUUCUCUUCAAAAGCACUUUAACUUAGAGGUGCAUCUGCCGAAACUGAAGCGAGAAAGUGUGGACGUAGCUGAACCUAUAAUACUACCCAAAAUGUCCAGAAGACUCUCGGCUAUGGAGAGCGGUGAAACACCAGCGCAGAACUUGGACCAAAUAAUGCAAUUAGUGAAACCAACAGAAAAGCUAGACCGCAAUUUCUCGUCUAAACUCGAAGCGGCUUUGAUUAGGCACCUCCCCGACAAUUCCGAAGCCAGCAUCGAUGCUGCAGUCAAAUUUUAUCAAGGAGUUUACGAUAAGCUUUCUAGAGAUGUCGCCGUUAUUGAUUUCUCAACCCAAACAAGCUCUGUAGCGCCUAUAAUAAUGAGUAUUAAGGACAAUGUUUAUCAGAAUUUCGCCGCGGAUGCAAAUAAAAAUAUAGAAAACGAAGAAAAUGAUCAAGCUCCAGAGAGACCGGUUAAGAAUCAAGUGAAGAAGUACCGAUAUUACGGGCCUAUUGAGAAUGUUAUAAUUAAAUUGCUCAACAAUCACAAAUUGUUGUCAUUGAUCGACGAUCGAACUGGGAAACUUGCAUUUUUCUGUAUGGCAUGCGAGUAUUACACCCUGAGGUUCAGAUACGACAGUGUUUUGAAUCAUGUAUUCAAUGAAACGCAUAUUCACAAUUUGUCUUGCAUUUUACAAGCUGAUAAGCAUAUCCCGUUCUCUAUGGAUGAAAAGUCGGUGGAAAAAAUUAAAGAAAUAAACAAGAAGUUUCUCUAUGUCCACGACGUCGUUGAUGACGGGAAUGGAAUAAGGUGCGGUCUUUGUAAGACGUCUAUUGAUUCAAUCGAAUCUUCCACGCUUCAUAUUCUCGACGAGAAUCAUUUAGCUAAGCUCUCGGAUAAAUUAUACCGUAAAAUGAGGGCUAGUAACCCCGAUGGGGCGGUUCCCGACGAGUGGGGCCCGAAAGAUUUAGAUUGGACAAAAUUCUUGGCGAGCGUCGGCAAACCGCAGCACAAUCGCGACCAUGUGAUCAUCGAAAACUUCAUAAAACCUUCAGGAAAGGUCGCAAAUUACUGCAGCUGUUGUGAUAUGACUCUGAAAGGACCUAGACAGGUCCUCUUCAAUCACAUUCGACAGAAGAAGCAUUUGAGGAACGCCGCGCCCCACAAACUGUCAAUGCUCUACAAGAAUUAUUGCAGACCGUCCGAGUACUAUGCCAGUUUUGGUAAUUAUUACGUGUGCGCCAUCUGUCCAAAGUACGUGGCCGUUCCGUCAUUUGCAGCGAUCAUUGAACACUUCGAAAGCGCUUUACACAUCGAAACAGUGGCAAAAUUGAUCCGCUCAGCGCUUUAUUCUGAGAAUGUUGAUAAAGAGUUACUAUCAUUCAAUAAGAUUUCAACAAAUGAUGUGGUCCAUUGUGAUUAUUGCAAUACAACGUUCCAAGAUGUAAACGAAGCGAUUACUCAUGUCAUAUCUAGUAUAAACCAUCAGAAUCACAUAACUGAAGCGAAGAUUAAAGAAAAUAAAGGCGAUAUUAUAAGCGUGUACAUGCAGGGCGACUACAUUCUACACAGCGAAGGUGCCUCUUUCUCGUGUCAGAUCUGCAAAGGGGUUUACAACUCUAUAAGAUCUCUGUUAUCACAUUUGAUUUACGCCGAACACUUCCCGGUGAAACCAAAUGCUGAAAACGUGUUCCGUUUUUAUUUAGAAUUGAAGCACAAUAUUAAUAUGUUGGGCAGGAAUAAAUAUGUUUAUUAUGAAUUUGGAAAACUGAAGUGUGGGGUUUGUAAAGCGGACGUGGCUGAGGGCGAGAAUGCGAAGAAACACGUCGUGUCCACUCUGCACAGAGAAAACAUGGGGGCCAGUUAUAUUAAUGUGAAUGAAUCUGCGAUGGAGUGAGGAUGUCUGCAAGGUUGCUUCCAAUGAGAAAAAAAAUUUAAAAGAAAAUUCCACUAUGUUGUAUAUACCUAACAAUGUAAGGAUGGAAAAUGGACAAUUUCUACAAGUGUUGCCAGAAAUUGGUACAUUAUUUGUAUGUUUUUUUUUUCUACUCUAGUAACAAUGUAUUGAAAAUAGAUUUGUCAAAAUUACCCCUUACUUAAAAAGAUCGUGCUAUUUGGCACCAUUGACUAUUUUUGACAUUUUUAUGUCGGAAUCAAACAAAUUUAUUGACCAAACAGCUCAAAAUAUGUUCUUAUUAGUAUUUUUGAAUAUUAGUAAAAAUUAUAAUAAGAGAAAAUGAAAAGGAACAACAAAAAAUUACAAACAAACGCAGUGAUAUGGAAUACUAGUGAUUAAAAAAAGAAUAUAAAAGCUCGAUAAGAAAUACUUUACGCAUUAUAGCACAGUGCUACUGACGCCUCACUAAAAUAAAAAAAAAUCUUAAAUAUAAAUACAGAUUAAUCAUAACAUUUGAUCGUGAAAAGAAUAAAUUAUAUUACAUGGAUUUUAACUAAAAAACGACCUCAUUCAAUACCUACAGUUCUUUUAUAGUAACUGUGACAGUUCAAAAUGACAUCUGUCAUCCGCACUACGCUACGAUGUGUAAUUUUUUUUUAUGUAAGAGGUAAUUUUUCUUGUAAUUUCGAUUGAAUAUUUUUGACACUGUUUUUUAAUCUUGACUGAAAAAAAUCUGUGGUAAACUUUAAUAUGAAUAAGCCUUCACGCAUAAACCGUAUUAUGGAAUGAACAUUUUUAUAAAACAUGGCAAUAUUGCAAAUGGCCGACAGUAACGAUUCCUAACCUCAAAUAUUGUGACAGAUGCUGACAGUUUUUAGCCGCCAUAUUAGUCUAAUAUCGACGUCAUAUAACGGCAUUCCACUUAUUAGAAUCCAUUAAACAGUACAGGCAACACAUUAUGUCAAUUUGGACAUACAAAUACACGAAAAAUAUUACCUUUCCUCUUUUGAUGAUAGCCACAAACAUGGCGCGUAUCGUGAAAGACUUGUAACAAGAUAAAUCGUUCGUAGUUUACAUUGUAAGAAAGUUCAAUUUUAAUUACCUACAUUUGAUCAUCCUAAAUUUAAUGGUGCUGCAGAUAAUUAGGUAAAUUCUUAGGUGCCAUUUCCAGUAAUUACUUCUAAAUUUAAAAUCGAUUAUAUAAAGUACUAUGUUAUGAACACACCAAGAAAUAAAUUUAAAGUGGCUCAGACUUAAAUCUAUCAUUAAAAAAGAAUCAAUGUUUUUUACAAUAAUAAUUUUAUUAUUUUGUUUUAAAUCGCAUGGUGGUACUCUCGAAUAAUGUGACCACUAAUUUUUAGUAAUUUUCCUUCUCAUUUCACCUAAAGUUAGAAGAUUCUCAAUUCGACUUUUUGGUGAACACGUUUUGUUUUUUUUUUUUUUGUAAAAGUAGGUUUAACAUGCAGCAUGGUCUAAGACUAAUUUGUUGUAUUGGUUUUUUUUUUUUGUAAAAAUAGUUUGUUAAGUCUUGUUUUACUAAGUAAAUAGUGUGAUCGCGCUAAGAAAAUAGCGACGAGAAACUAAAAGAGACGCGUAGCGUUUUACAAAAACAGGUUUUUGGCUGGCAAUAGACAUAUUUUGAUUAUCUGUGCGAUUUUAUUCUGGAGACUUUUUAGCUAAUGAUUUGUUACAUCUGUUCAUAGGAACGUCUAUGUUAUAUAGUUGUUAAAUAACCAGUCAGGCUGGUACUCGCGUCACAGUAGCUCAUGACUAAGGAUCACGAAUUGUUGCCGAAACUAGUCGAGCUUCUUCGAACUAAUUACACGUGAGUUAAACCGGUAGUUAUUACAUUAAAAUAUUAUGUUAUAAAAAAAUAAAAUGCGUUUAUUGAUAGUUUAAUAAUUGAUUAUACAUUAUUAUAAAUUAGCAUAAAAUUAUUGCCAAAUAUUUAGUGACCAAAUCUAAGAUCAUGGUAAGCACCACCAUCAUUGUCUUUAUUUUCGGUUCUUGUGUUGAAAGCUACCACCAAAUGUUAAGUACCGUAAAAUUACAACUAAAUUAUAUAAGGAUUCGUUAUUUUUCCGGUCCUUCGAGCUUCGGAUUAAACUAAAGAAAGAAGGAAAUAUAAAAUUAAAUUAAAAACACUAUAUAAUUAAUGCAAAUUUCUCAUCAAAUAGCUAAAAAUCAUCCUGAUUAAUUCAGCCUUCGGAUAAAAAGUCAUUGAUAAGGCCUAUUCGUUUAACAGCUGUCAUAGACGAAGACUCCAAACGUAUUACAUACAUUUCUUCACUGGGGCUUAUUUGAUAAAUUUUGUUAAAUUGUAAUAAGGUCUAAUUAUACCCAGACGUCUAUUGCCAGCCUAAAAGGACCAUAUUUAAACAUGGAUACCUUAAGGCUAGCGUUAUAUUUAGCAUAUUUUCGGUCGUAAUACCCUCAAUGCGGAUUGUACACCAACUCCAAAAAGAACAUACGCAAUAAAGUAUUGCCGAUCUUCUGUUGGCUAGAGAUCGAUCCGCGAUUACCGAACAAACGUCGGGCGCAAGGGUUCAACGGUAUGUCAUCGACAAUAGCUAAUCGUAUGUAGUUUCUAUUGGUGUUCCGUCGCGUAUGAUCGGCAACCGAAAAUCGGUCUAUUGUAGCGCUAGCCACUCUGUCCAAUACUUACAUCACAAUAGUAAUAAAUCUAAGAUGCAUUUGAUUACAUGUAAUAUUAUUAACAGAUAUCGGGACCUAAUUGAUUUCUCUGUCUGUGGACAAGUGCCAAAGAUUUUGCAUAAUAAAUUUUAUUUCUAUAAGCAUAGUUAACAUAAUUGGUCGUCCGUUUGUAACAGGCAAAAAUUGGAUUUUUUAAAAGUAUUUCAAUCGAAGCGCACGUUAAAGGAUUCGUUAGAAAAGAAUUUUUAAAAUUUAGAGAAAGUGUCAACAACCUCUGCCUCAAACUUUGCGCUCAAAUUUACGCUAUUUUCGAAAUCUCUGUUAAGUUCUACUGUCUCUCCCUUAAGUACUAUUUUCCUGUGUUCUUUCUUCUACGCCGUCAUUCUCUUAUGUCGUGUAUGUGCUUUUACAUAAGUUUGUCUCAGAUUAUCUAGAUAGAGGAUCGAGCCUCAAAAACGGGUCAACUUUUUGUCAGCUAAUUGUCAAAUUAGCUGUCUCGUUUUUUUUUUUUAUCAGUAUUUUAUAUACUUACGCGUACAAUGUAUCUUGACGUAUUAUUUAAUGAAUAAAAUGAUAAUGUUUACGCAUUAAAAAUAUGCAAAAAUUAUAAGACAAAAUAAAUAUAGAAGUUGUAAAGGAAUCACUCAUAACUAUUUAUCACGCAAAAUUGUAUGAAAAAGUUGACCAGUUUUUCUCGAGGCAUUUCUAUGGAAACACUCGAAACUAUAUAAUCUAUAUAUAUAUAUAUAUAUAUAUAUAUAUAUAUAUAUAUAUAUAUACAAAUAUGUAUUCGUAUAUAUUGGUAUAAUAGUGCGCCACCUACUACCUUUGUCGGUUUUCUCAAUGUCCUCUACCCAAAGGUUGUCUGGAAAAGAUUGCUUGGCGAUUAGGCAGCCUUUUGUAUCACUUCUCAUUAAAACUUACUAUAUUCAUUAUUUUUAUUUGGUGCAAUAAAGUGAAGUGAAAGAAAAAAAUAUGAAUUUGAAAAGGCGAUGAACUAUUCUCAAUCGCAAGGCUUGAUUACUUUAUAAUUAUCAAUUAUCAAACCCUACGCGAUCAUUUCCCAGUCUAUUGUUACAUGAACCAAUGUUAACACUAGUGAUUGUAGGCAUUCGGCGCAUAUUAUUUAUAAAUGCAAAACGUGCGCGGACGGAAUGACGGUCGGAGAUUGGUGGCUGAUAUGGAAGGUUGUAGAGCUUCUUGUAAUAAUAGUAAUAAUAGUAGUCAAUCUUCGAAUGUUGGCAGUUUCAUACUAAUGAUGGCGGAAUUAGACAAAAUAAUAGCUAUUUCAGUAAAAUAACAAUUUAUGUAUAAAAAAAAAUUAUCAUUUUGGUACUUGUCGGCAGUCGCAUUUUAAUAUCUGUGAUACAUUUGUUUUCCCAAUUUGGUCCUAGUAACGUAACCUAGUUCAUUUGUUUUUAUCAUUAGUGCUAGGUAUUAUAUAUUAGAUGCGUCUGGUCAAAUUAUUUUGUACUAUCAAAAAAAUUUCAUAGUAUAUAUACAUACAUGUAAGUUGCUCUCACAUCACAUGGCCUGUGAGUUUUACUCGUAAGUCUCGUAAGUUACGUUACUAAUAAGAGUACAACUCUUGUGAGUGACUUAUUGUCACUCGCAAGAGUAUAACUCUCGUGAGUAACUUACUGUUAAUCGAUCUAUCAGCGAGUGACGCCAAUGAAUUGAUAUUAAAUCGUAAUCAUAUAUAUAAGUGACGAUUACUAGUUUCCAUAAGGUGGGCCGUCAGCUUCGUCAUUCUGAAUUGCUUAAAAUACGUACAAAGUCCUUCUUUUGUCGUUUGAAGUCAUUUCGAUUGACCCUGUAUACAAAUGGCAAGCGAAUCCAUAAAUGUAAGUCUUCACUAGCGAGUCCACGAUACAGUAAGAUAUCAGCUAGGCAUCGGUAUCUAUAUAUUGGGUGCCUCUGGACAGCAGAAAACGGCCAUCACUCAUUUUUAUACCGCCUACAUCAGUCGGAUAUCUAUUUUCGAAUAUGCUAAAAGUCUGUUUGUUAUUCAAUAUUAUUUUUCAGAUAACAGACUUUUAUAAAUAGAAUAUUUUAGAAAAAGAAUAGAUAGAUAUUGUAACUAAAAUAUAUAAAUAUUGCCAUAUAUAGAUAUUAUACAACUUUUGUAGCAACUUAUAGUCGGUAACAAUUCCAUCAAUGGAUUCGUUAAACAUUUGUCUAAUGGGGAUCUUAAUUGGGUUGCGUCAAAAGUCACCUCGCAGUUAAGUAACUUAUUUAAUGUACUUACUCGAGUAAAACUUUCAUAUAGGCGUCCUGAUUACGGUCGUUUCCAGCCUGUAUUUGACUAUAAAAUACACAUAUCUCACAAAGGUAGUAUCCCAUCCCAUCAUGAUCCCAUGUUAAUUGAUAUUUCGUUUUGAACCUUAACUUUUUCAAUGAUUUUAAUACAAUUACUAUUAGGUUCCCUGUGUAUGUUAAAGUUUUCUUUGCCUUGUCGAUAUUUUUCAUUGUUUUUCGAUUUCUUUUUUUUAAUAAGAUUUGUUUAUCUAUUGUAAUGACGUAUAUAUUGUUAUAAAUUCGCGGUGGUUUUUCGAACCAAUAUCUUGGCUAUUAUAAAUUACAUUUAAAAAAAAAAUAUUAUCUUUUAAAAACUAACUGUAAUUGUAUUUAAGAUUCGAAGUAAUUCAAAUAAGUUGAGUUCAUUGGCGCCAAAUCGCGCGCGCCAAUUAUAUACAUUACUUCAAAAUGUUUGAAAAAGAAAAUUGACACUUACUGGCCAGAUACAUUCGCGUCAUAGACUAUCGAACAGUUUUUUACUCUGUAUUAUUUUUAAUGUUUUUGGAAGGUUUUACCAUAUUGUACAAUUGCUAUUAAAUAUUGUGUUUCAUAAUUUUUUAUUGUCGACAAUUAUUGUUAUUUGUCGAUUUAUUAUGUAUAAAAUCAACGAAACGUGCAGAAUUUUAAAUGUAAUUUAUUGAUAAUAAUGUUAAUAAAAUUCGAGUAAUUAUGAAGUCGUCUGAAAUUUUAAAAUCAUGAAUUUUAUACUUUUUUUAUACAUAUAAAUAUAUAUUAUAUAUGUACUAGUGACGCUACAUGGUUGUACCUACAGUUGGUUUUUGUGUUUACCGUUAAACAAUCAACAAAAUAAAUGUCUAAGAGAAAAAUAAAUCAUUUAUAAAUAAAAUUUUAAUAAAUGAAAUAAUUUUUUAUUUU